AUGGCGGCGGUGGUGCGCGGCGUCUUGAGGGGCAUCAAGGAGAAGGGACUCACCAACUUCAUCCGCGACGUCCGCGACGAAGGAUACUUCAAAUGCCUUCUGGAUGGGAACCUUUUGCAAACGAAAAUUCACAAUAUUGGCGCAACACUAGUAGGAGUUGACAAGUUUGGAAACAAAUACUAUGAGAAAUUACAUGACACUCAGUAUGGGAGGCAUAGAUGGGUAGAAUAUGCAGAGAAAGGUCGUUACAAUGCAUCCCAACUGCUGAACCAGAAGACUGCUAGGUACCUUGUAGAGCACAAGCAGAACUACUCCGGUGAGGGUGAAGAGCUGAUCUACCACUCCAAGGGGCAUGCUUUGAAUCCGGGGCAAAGGGACUGGACGAGGAACCUGACUAUUGAGGUCUUGCAUGCCUACCUCAUCUUUGUCGAGAAUCCUCGCCCGAGACCCAAAACCUCUACCCCUAGCCUUGUCAUAGGUGUUGUCAAGGUUGGAAGAGACAACCUUGCUGCUCAAAAUGGGCAGAUCAAAGGAUUUCCGUUUUCUUAUGAUCGGAGUGAAAUAAUUGCCAGGCCGCAGAAGAGUUCAGACGCAGAAUCAAUCAAUCUGCUCCUCCAUUUGACUGACGGAUUUGCUCGCCCAGCUGCAGAGCGGCCGGGAGGGCAACACCGAAGGCAGACGUGGCAGACGCAGCCCGCAGCUACCUACCUACCCACACACGCGACUCACGCACGCACACGCAGCCGCUCCUCAAACCGCAGGCGGACCCAGACGAGACGUACCAAGAUCCUCCAGCAGGCCUUGACCGUGUACGCUCAACGCAACCGAACACGAAGCCCAGCUCCUGCUACAAUGGCCUCCCUUCCUCCUCCUGCGGACAAGGAGCAGAGCGAGCACGAGGAGAUCCACGUUUCCUCCGGCGGCGUUCAGGCUUACACCGACGACGACGACUGCGAGAGCAAACGCCCUUUGCUGCUCAGGGCUCCCGCCUCCGCCGAGUGCUACUCCGUUUCCGCCGCCGUCUUCCCGUUUUUCUUUCCAGCUUUGGGAGGCCUUCUCUAUGGCUAUGACAUUGGGGCAACAUCCGGUGCAACCAUAUCACUCAAGUCAUCGACAUUCAGUGGUACUACUUGGUACAAUUUGUCAUCUGUGCAAACUGGCCUUGCGGUCAGUGGCUCACUGUAUGGUGCUAUGAUCGGCUCCGUCUUGGCAUAUACAAUUGCAGACUUUUUAGGACGACGCAAAGAGCUUAUCCUCGCUUCUAUCUCAUAUUUGAUUGGAGCCCUUCUGACAGCAGUAGCACCCAACUUCGCUAUCAUGGUGGUUGGCCGCUUUUUAUUUGGUAUAGGAAUUGGAUUGGCUAUGCAUGCUGCUCCAAUGUAUAUUGCAGAGACAGCACCGAGUCAGAUAAGAGGCAUGCUCAUUUCUAUAAAGGAGUUCUUUAUUGUUCUUGGGAUGCUUCUUGGUUAUAUAGCAGGAAAUCUCUAUGUUGAAGUGGUUUCUGGUUGGCGUUACAUGUAUGCCUCCAGCACACCAUUAUGUCUCAUAAUGGGAGUUGGAAUGUGCUGGUUACCCUCAUCACCUAGGUGGCUCCUGUUAUGUGCCAUACAAGGGAAGGGAAAUCUGCCAGAGACAAAAGAAAAUGCAACCCGGUGCUUAUGUCGAUUGAGGGGUCAAGCUUCACCUGAUUUGGUCUCAGAGCAGAUUGACUUGAUUCUGGAGGAACUUUCAUAUAUUGAUCAAGAGAAGCAAGCUAGCUUCGGUGAGAUCUUUCAAGGAAAAUGUCUUAAAGCAAUGAUAAUUGGAUGUGGUUUGGUGUUCUUUCAGCAGGUCACUGGUCAACCUAGUGUGCUAUACUAUGCUGCUACGAUCUUUCAGAGUGCUGGAUUCUCUGGGGCAUCUGAUGCCACUCGUGUGUCAAUUCUUCUUGGCUUACUGAAGCUAAUCAUGACCGGAGUAGCAGUCCUUGUGGUUGACAGACUUGGCAGAAGACCAUUACUUAUUGGAGGUGUCAGUGGAAUUACUGUUGCCUUAUUUUUGUUGUCCUCCUACUACACUUUACUGAAAGAUGCCUCGUAUGUGGCUGUAAUAGCACUUCUACUAUAUGUUGGUUGUUAUCAGCUCUCAUUUGGUCCUAUUGGCUGGCUUAUGAUCUCAGAGGUUUUCCCGCUUAGGCUGCGAGGGCGUGGACUAGGUGUUGCUGUUCUUGUGAAUUUUGCGUCCAACGCUCUGGUCACCUUUGCUUUCUCUCCACUGGAGGAUUUGAUUGGAACGGGGGCGCUCUUCUCUGGAUUCGGGGUGAUUGCAGUGGCAUCUCUUGUAUUUAUAUUCUGGAUCGUCCCUGAGACAAAAGGACUCACCCUGGAAGAGAUUGAAGCGAGUCUGUAG